GUAGGGUGCCUGCCGCAACUGGCAGCUGUUUGCUGUUGCUAAUGUCUCCGGUGUUUUUAACCUGUUAAAUUUCACAUUUUUAAGUUGUUAACUUGCCUAUGACACAACACAAAGUUGGUCCGUCGGCACACGGUUUUUAAAGGUGAUGAAAAGGCUUAAAAAGAAGAAACAAAACGCCGGGUUUGGGGUGAAUGAGAAUGGAGCUUCCACCAGAGAACAAGACUAUGGGAGGAAGCAGAAGUUGGCUGAGAUCCAUCAGGCUUUGAUCAGUGAUCCAGUAGACAUUGAGACCCUGAGGAGAACAGCAGCCAGCAAAGGAGGACUUCUCACUGAUGAACUUCGAAGGAAAGUGUGGCCCAAACUAUUGAACAUCAACGUCUAUGAUCUCCCACAUAAACCUGGUCGAAAUGUAAGAGAGGACCAUAAGGACUACAACCAGGUAGUCCUGGAUGUCAGGAGGUCCAUGAAGAGGUUCCCUAAAGGUAUGCCAGCCUUAGAGAGAACUGUUCUUCAGGACCAACUAAUUGACAUCAUCCUGCAAGUUUUAAAACGCAACCCUCAGCUUCAUUAUUAUCAGGGCUACCAUGAUGUGGCCGUCACUCUGCUGCUGGUGGCUGGGGAACGAAUGGCCAUUGCCAUGUUGGACACGCUCUCCAAAUUUCACCUCAGGGAUUUCAUGGAUCCUACCAUGGACAGCACCAAACACAUCUUAAACUACCUGAUGCCGAUACUGGAACAAGUUGAUCCAGAACUGCAUGACUUCAUGAUCAGAUCGGAGGUGGGAACCAUCUUCGCCCUGUCCUGGCUCAUCACAUGGUACGGUCACGUCCUAUCAGAGUUCAAACACACCCUCAGACUCUAUGACUUCUUCCUGGCUUCACACCCACUGAUGCCCAUCUACCUUGCUGCCACGAUCGUCUUGCACAGAGAGAAGGAGGUGAAGCAGACCGAGUGUGACAUGGCCAUGGUCCAUCACCUCCUUUCACGCAUCCCUCAGGAUCUCCCCUAUGACCUUCUGACUGCUCAGUCCUUGCAACUUUUCAGCCAGUAUCCCCCUUCAUUACUGGCCAAGCGGGCAGCACUGCAGUCACGCAAGAGUCUGUCCAUCAGCACCUUCCAUGCGUUUCAGCUCUCCACUCUCCACCAGAGGCCAGACUCAGUUCUCCAACGCCUCACCAAGGCCCAGGGCUCCACCACCUCCAGACAUGCCUCCCAACACUCAGGCCUGGAAGCAGCUUUACCCGGGGGCCGAGGCCAGCUGUGGGGGAAGGGGAACAGGAUGGUGAAGAUGGCAGUGUGGGGGCUCUCUGCUACACUCGGGGCGGCUGUGUUCGCUGUGGCUCAGACCGCCAUGGACUGGGGACCUGAUAUGUUACUACAGCUGUUCUGACGUGGCAGUGGAAGCAUAGACUGUUAGAAACGGAAUGACACAUGAUGACUUACACCUGCUCUCAUUAUGGAUUUGUAAUUUACAUACAUCUAAGCUAAAGCACAGACAGUGAACACUUUAAGUUCGUCUCGUGGUCAGGAAAAGCAGCAGCAGGAGGGGAGGUUGGUUAUCAUGGUUUUGAACAGGUUGUUGCCACUCAACCACAAGGAACAUAUGCUAACCACUAGUCAGCCUUUAGGUUGCGUGUGCACAUGUGUGCGAGUGUGUGUGCAUUUAAGCGAGCGAGUGUAUGGUUUUUAUGUUACCACUAAUACCACGUGUCAACAUGGAUGAAGGACAGACUUUUGGACAAGUGGUAAGAAAGCUCCAGGGCCUUUCCAUUAGCAUUUCUCAUGCAUGGUCACUCAAGCUAUUCGUCAAUAAGUUUUGAGAAAAAAUAUCUCAUGAGUCACAAAACAAUCAUAGAAACACAAAGUGAUAACAAAUCAAUGCAAAAAAAGAACAAAUGUCAGAAAAGACUUAAAACGGCAAUAACAAAAAAAAAACACUUAACAACAACAGAAAGAUAUACAUACAGUCUUUGUUUAUGCUCGAGAAAUCGAUGCUUUUUGACUGAGAACCACAGAGAGUGACAAAAGAGGAGUAAAACCAAAAACAACAUUGACAAUGUUGUUACUUCUCUUUGUUGUUGACACAAAAUGGCCAUGGACGUGCAGAACAACCUCAGAGAGACAUGCUGUUGGUUGUGGGACGAGGGCUUUUUAUACGUUUGUGCCCAAAGGCCAGUUGUCUCAUAAUUUGUCCAUGCAUGUGUGACACCAACACGUCUUGCUCAUGUCGGCUGUUGCUCACAUGCUAACGUUGUUACAUUUGUCACUCUGCAUUUCCCCGUUAGCUGAGUAUUAGCUCAUCUGUGUGUGUUUCGUGCAUGUUUCUUUGCGCUUAUGUUGAAAGUUUGAGCAAAGACAGAGUAGUCGAGAGAAAUUAUGGUUUGAUAGAGGGAGGGAUGUGAUCCCUGUGAGUUUUUUAUUCAUUGCUUAACUGUAGCUGUCACCAAAUUACAUUUCCAGAAAUGUUUGCGUCACAAAAAAAAAGCUGUUGCUGCCCCAAAACGAGAACAUCACUCACUGUUAGCCUGCAGCCCUAAAUACAAGCAAAGGACUAUUUGCAGAUGCAUUUUUGCUGAAGGAUUUGAAAUCCAUAUUUUCUUAAUGACAUUUUCUGUAGUGGUUCUCUUGCUGUCUGGCCCACCGCUGCUGAAAAGAAAAUAUAGGGAAGACACCACUACUUUUACAUUCUUAAAAUAUUUAGCAGGUUUGUGCCAACAUCCACCCUGAACAGCCGUCAUCAGAGCCCCAGUACAUGACUCAGUUCUUCUGCUUCAUAUUUCUCUUCAAAAUGUCACCACUGUGCAAUUUGAGGACGCCCGAUUAUCUUAUCAUUAUUAGUAUGUUUUUAUUAUUGAGAGAAGCAAGCCAUGUGCACCUCUUCAAAAGACUCCACUGACGCUGUAUCUGUUGUUGGACCAGAUGUAAUCACGGAGUUUCAUAGGCUGGAAAUUGAAUAUUAAUAAUGGAGGCCGGUUCCACCUGGGGUGCACACAAUAUGUACAGAGUACAGGGUUUUUUUCCCGAACAGCAGUGCAUGUUGUGGUUGCUGACUUAUGUUUUGAAAUAUUUAACAGCUUUUACUUGCAUGCAGUGAAGCUACUGCAUUUGUUAGCACAACUUCACUGGAAUCACAACGCUCCCUCCUCCACUUCCUGUGUUGUCAGAUAUAAAUGUGUCUUGAUUUUUACACAGCUGGAUGCACAGACUGCCCCUGUUGAUUUUAGCCUCUGCGGAGCAUCUGUAAAUAAUCUGCCGUGUGUACCGACCGUGCUAAUCAUUUGUACUACAGUAUAGAGAAGAGCAGGUGAUCAAAAGAAGAACAAUUCUCAAGUUAACUGCAAAUAUGAAGGGUGUGAAUCUGUGUUAAUGUUUUCAGAAACAUCUGCAGAAGUUUGGCGGAAGUCAAACCGCUAGGACCACAUGGAAUAAUCUUAAUUUAUGUUAAUUUGAUUGCUCAUAGUCAAGACGUUUUAUUAGUCAAUCAGUAAUAAUAAAUCAAUGGACUGUGCCUCAGGUACUUGACUGGCCUGUAAAUCAAACAGCUGGUGAAGAUGUGAGGAAUUCACACUUCAUUUAAAUUAUUUUCAAUGAUUGGUAUCAUGUGUUGAUGAAUUAUUGUGUGUGUGUGUGUGUGUGUGUGUGAGAGGUAGAGAAGAAACUAGUUAAACUAACAGGUCAACAGAAAAGCAGGUCUCACUCCCCUGUGCUUUCUGGGCAUCGUCUAUGUUUUUAUUUAUUUCACAUUUUGAUGCUCUUUGUGCCUCUUUAGCAAUCGACAAAUUAUUUAUUUUAAAAGCAACAACGUAAUGGGCUAUUUAUUCAGUGGGUACAUCUUAAUUGGCCUAUAAGUUUAAAAGUAACCUAGUUGCUUUUACUUUGCAUGUUUGUACCUGGUUGGGUUUUUAAAAUUCAGAUUAGAAGUAACAGAAAUUAUUUUUGUUUUGCUAUGGAAAUCAUUAUCAGUGGGGCGUGUUUCCCACUCUGAACUGUUCCUUCCUGUGCCAGUUAAUUUUCUAAAUAAAAAUGAAUAAACAAA